UCUGUGGAGGGAGGGCCCCCAUCUUCUGCCAAACCCGGGAAAUAAGCGGACCACGCUUAGUCGCUCGCUGGGGCCGCUCCGGGGAAGUCCCGGCGGGUGAUACAGCGCCAAGCCUCGUUCCGUUUCUCGGCAAGCCCAACCGGGACGGGGAGAAGGUGCAAACAGCUGGGGGCUCAGAGCUCGCGCUCUGCGCCCGGUGCCCCACCCAGGCUGCGGCCGCGCCGGGAGGAAGCGCGUAAAGAAGUCCACCCAGCUAGCCAUGGGCAGCCGCGACCACCUGUUCAAAGUGCUGGUGGUGGGGGACGCCGCGGUGGGCAAGACUUCCCUGGUGCAAAGAUACUCUCAGGACAGCUUCAGCAAACACUACAAGUCCACGGUGGGAGUGGAUUUCGCUCUGAAGGUUCUCCAGUGGUCUGACUCAGAGAUGGUGAGGCUCCAGCUGUGGGAUAUUGCAGGACAGGAGCGCUUCACAUCCAUGACACGACUAUACUACCGGGAUGCCUCUGCCUGUGUUAUUAUGUUUGAUGUUACCAAUGCCACUACCUUCAGCAACAGCCAGAAAUGGAAACAGGACCUGGACAGCAAGCUCACACUGCCCAAUGGGAAGCCUGUGCCCUGUCUGCUCUUGGCCAACAAGUGUGAUCUGUCCCCUUGGGCAGUGAGCCGAGACCAGGUUGACCGGUUCAGUAAGGAGAACGGUUUCAUAGGAUGGACAGAAACAUCAGUCAAGGAGAACAAAAAUAUUAAUGAGGCCAUGAGAGUCCUCAUCGAAAAGAUGAUGAGCAAUUUCAGAGAAGAGUUGUCUUUGUCCACCCAAGGGGACUACAUCAACCUACAAACCAAACCCUCCUCCAGCUGGGGCUGCUGCUAGGAGUGUUCUGCAUGCUUUCCCUCCCAGUUCUAGUCCCUUCCCUUUGGAUGCCCACUCAGCAAUUUAAUUAAGUACAUUUGAACUGUCUCCUGCUGACUGUCCAGGAAGGAGGGCCAUCAUCACCAAGAAAUGACACCUGGGACCCAGGUGCAUUUCUACAUCUCCCGAAACUUGGUUCUCACUUGCUGCUGGCUCAUGUGGGCCAGGUAGUGCCUCUUGUAUAAGAUCACCUCGUCACUCAAUUUGCGAUCUGGGACUUUGUGAGAAGGAUCAGAAAUCAGUAUUUGUGUCUUAAGGAUCAUAAUUCUCUACUGCCUUUGAGCUUAUAUUUCCAUCUGAUGUAUGUUGAGCUAUCAAUCUGAUAUGACUUCAGAUUGAGAGGAAAAUAAAAUCAAAGGUCAUUUCCCAAAUUUCUCGCAGGUCAGGCUUUCAGAUUCUUUCUGUCUUGGAGUUUGAAUUUACUGUAACAAUCUGAUUCUGAGAUGCAGAAGGAGUGGUGCUGGAUAUCUUUGAGUUUCAGGCUACUGGAGGUGACUCAAAAGUCACUGUAUUUUUGAAGCUUCUAAACUCAUAAUUACCGUAUUUUUUCAGAGCAUAAAACACACCUGGGUUUUAGAGGAGGAAAAUAGGAAAAAAAAUUUUUUAAGCAAAAAAUGUGGUAAAAUACUUAAUAACAUAAUAUUUCACCAAUGUAAAUGUAAACAGAACUCAACAGCAGCAUUAACAACCAUUAUUCCUCCCAAAUUUUGGGGGCAGGAGUGUGUCUUAUAGUCUGAAAAAUACGGUAGCUUUCUCUUGUCUUGGCUUUAAGAAUAGUCACACUUACCCUGGCCAGAUGGUUCAGUUGGUUGGAGAAUUGUCCUAUGUGUGCGCGCGCACACACACAUACACAAAUGAUGUAGGUUCAAUCCCCUGGUUGGGGCACGUAUGGGAGCCAGCCUCUCUCUCUCUCUCUCUCUCUCUCUCUCUCUCUCUCUCUCUCUCUCUCUCUCUCUCUCUCUUUCAAAAUCAAUAAACAUAUCCUCAGGUGAGGGUUAAAAAAAGAGUAAUCAAACUUUUAAACUAUCUAUUUUGUAUGAUGAGAGCUGCUCUUUCCAAAAAGAAAUUACUUCUCACAUCAGGGUCUAAUUGUCUCCCCGCCAGAGGGUAGGGGCAGGGUUGGCAGGUUUCUGGGCUGAUGUCUUGAUGCAUAAUGCUGCCAGUGGCACCUGGCUGCCUGUUUCUUGCAGCUCUGAGGUUGUGAAUGGAAGAGGGAGAGGUUACUACAACAAAACCCUGUGGGGCAACUUGCUUAGGAGCAAUCUGGGUGACUAGCACUUAACAGCCACAGGAAAUGAAUAUUAUGUACAGACUUAUGUCUGGGAGUGGAAGUAGAUAGAAAAUCAUUAGCUUAUUUAACUGCUAAGUCAGGUAGGGUUUGAAGAUUGCUGGGUCCCAACCUCAAACCUACUGAAUGAACAUUUCUGGGGGUGAAGCCUGGGAAUUUGCUAUUUUUCAAAGCUUCCCAGGUGACUUCGAUCAGUCUGGUUUGAAAACAAAGCCCUGCUGGAGAGCUUGGUACCACGUGGCAGAGACCCAGGCCUCUCCUGUUUGUUCUCCAGGUGAUUCUGGUGCACACCGGACUUUAAAAACCACUGUCCUGAGGGAGAGAUUAGAAGCCAAAUAUCAGAAAAAGAAUGAGAGCCAAGCUUUCAGUAGUUGUUCAGUUUUUUUGUUUUUGUUUUUAAUGCCAGUUAUUAUAACUUUUGCACAACUUUUGAGACCUUGAAGUUCUCUUUUGUAUUACCCUUUUCAGGUAGAGUUUUUAUUAUAAUGAUUCUGAAGAUAAUAGUGGAUUAACAGAUUCACUUUAUAUGAGAAGAAAAUUGAUUUUUAUGCACUGGUUCAAACCCCUGAAAUAUUAUAAAUAAAUGAAAAAUAAAUCUUG